CGGCCAUCUUCUCUCUCCAAGUUUGAGAAGAGAAGUGUUGCAAAAGAUAUGGCUGACUACUCGAACGUGGCUCCGCCGUCGGGAAAUGGCGCCGGAAUGAACGACGCGUUUAAAGACGCACUUCAGCGAGCUAGACAGGUAAGACAAAUAAUAUAACGUAGCUAAAGGCGUCGAAAUUGAUAGUCGACAAGGAACUAAAUCUAGCCCAAACCUCCCAGCUCGCAAAGUUGUCAAUUUGCGGCCUUCGAGUUGGCUGUCCAACAAAGGAAUGUAGCUAGCUAGUCAGCUAAUUAGCCAGGUAUUGCUAGCUAUUUUAGUUAUCUGGUUCAACGUGUUUCGGUCGACGGUGAAUUGAUAAAGUACAGUUUGAUUAAGUUAAUUGUGGUUUCAGUAAGUAGCUAAUAAAACGAUAAUCAAGGUAGCGUAACGUUAGCUACGUUAACCAUAUGAGGCCUUUUCGAAGUACCUACUGUUGCAUUGAUUCUGUGGAGUUAGGUAAUGCCAUGAUACAAUGGCAGUUUAAGGCAAGAUUGCCGAACGAUGGUUGUUGCAACUAUUUUACAUUUCAAUUAUCAACUUUAUCUGGGGAAUCUUGAUCGGCAGUGCCACCUAGUAGGCAAUUUCUAGGAAUCUUAAUCAGAGCGCAGAUAUUGGUCAUGUGAUUAGUUUACUCAUCCAAUUUUUGGGGGGAAAUCACCUCCAAUGUCGGCCAUUCACGUCUCAUGUUGCUUCACUACAAUAUUUUAUCAUGAUACCUUUAAUACGUACUGUGUUCAAUUUGUCCUGCUUAAUUGACGAAUAUCCACUCUGGUACGCAUGCUAAUCGAAAGCCAUGUUAAGUCAAUGGGACACAGUCUAAUUCGCUAGCUAUGUAGAUUUUACAUUUCGUUUUUUGUAUGCCUAACUGGAUGAAUACCAUUUACGCUGCCUAUCUUAGACUUGUGAAGUACAAAGUUAGCUAAAUCUAGUUAUGCUUAUGUCUUCAUUGACUUGACUGGCAGGAGGUUGAGUGGACGCCCAGGGCAGGGGCAACACCUCUGUUGGUUGUUUGUUAACUGAUAAAUUCCAGUAGCCUACAACCGGCUCUGUUCAGUCUUAUGUAGCAACAUUUGAUUUUUUAAAAUUAGAUUGGAUAAAAGUAGAAACUCAGAACUAGAAAUGGCCUGUGAAUGUUUUGGUACACCUGAUGGAGAGCUCUUUUUCUACACUCAUUCAGCAUGUUCAAGCCCUCUUACGCUUUAGCCCCACCCAGCUCUUUAAGGAGUCACAUGUGAGGCCAUGUACUAAACGACCAAAGAUUUCAAGACUAAUGGCUGGUUUAUACUACGGGUGUGAUCAUGAAUUCAAUCUGGAAUGCAAGUGUGUGCUCAGAGUGCGCUCUGGGCGUUCGUAAACUCAGCGUUGUCUGAUUGCCAGUUUCUUAAAUUCAGAGCGUUUCGCUCUUGCAGUGUUCACUGCACACUCUGGCCAGGGAGUAGGGUUGAUCCAAGCGUUCUGACCUAACAGCAGUCAAGUACCCAAGCUAAAGCUAACGGGCGUUGAGCUUUCGUAAAUUCGUCAGUUAUUCUGCGCUCUGAAAUCAGAGUAGAUAGCCAAAGCGAAUUUACCAGCUACGUCUAUCGACGGUGUCGCAGUGACAUCAUGAACAUUCUAUUGAAAUGGUUAACGUUACUUGCAUAGUGGAGUCUUUUUGUUUAGACGUGUAGCUAGCUAGCUAAACAAUGAAACGUAAUCCCAACUCAUAAUGUUACUACCCUGCAUGAAACUGCAGGUAGCUAACCAACCAGGUUCGAUGUUAGCUGGCUAGCUAACAUUAGGCGGUAACUAGCAAUGCAAAUGGCUCAGGGAUACAAAUUAUAUUACUACACAGAUCAUACACGUAAUGUGAGCGAGCCAGCUGACGUUAGCUAGCUAACAGUACGCUUUCACUUGAAAUGAAAACGACUUUCUGACAAAAUUAGAAACGUGUAAUAUCAAAUGUAGCUAGCUAGACUAUCUUACCCAUGGGCUCCCGAGUGGCGCAGCGGUCUAAGGCACUGCAUCUCAGUGCUUGAGGCGUCACUACAGACCCCCUGGUUCAAUGCCAGGCUGUAUCGCAACCGGCCGUGAUUGGGAGUCCCAUAAUGCGGCGCACAAUUGGCAUAGCGUCGUCCGGGUUUGGCCGGUGUAGGCCGUCAUUGUAAAUAAUAAUUUGUUCUUAACUGACUUGCCUAGUUAAAUAAAGGUAAAAUAAAAAAUACAUGGAUGGACGCUUCUCCCUCUUUGUUCAGUCAUUUUAUUGGCUAGCUAGCUAAAAACUUUACCAGUAUUGUGCAAACAUUUAGGGGCACAGGAAGAAAGUAAAUAGUAUGGCGUCUUCAGGAGAGCUAUGAAUGAGUGACCGAUCUCUUGAAUGUUGUCAUCACAAACCUGACAGUGUACAAUCUCAAAAGGAAACCAGUGCUUUUACAACGUAGAAACCUCAUAAUAAUAAUAAAAAAUAAAAAAUUCGAAGACAGGUAUUCGUAUCAACAUUUAGCUUUUAUGAUGAAGUAAUUGAUUGAUUAAUUUUUUAUUUAGAAAAUAAUGACUAAAGGAUUUCACCCCAAAUACGGUAUAAAUGUGUGAACUGUGUUAGUUAUAAUGUAGUGUAAAUCCACUAACAGAGGGGGGGGGGGGGGUUAGAAACUGCUGAGACAAACAUUCCAGGAGGAAGGAGACUUAGAAACUAUUUCAACAUUCUAUACUGUGGAAAUGUACAGACCCCCUGAAGAUGGGUGGAGCAAAGUUCCUUUGUGUGACGUCAUAUAUAAAAGCUGUAUAUGUGUUUUGGGGGCAGAGCUCUCCGUUAUUAAACAAUACAGAUAAUUCUUGCUGGUUGUGGACCUUUUGUUUAAUUCAUGAUUUAAAACCAGAACCGUACAACCUCUGGGAAUUAUUCAAAGCAUUAAGUUUAAUUAGAGAGAGAAUUCCGGUGACAGUAAUGUAUUUACAGUGUUACAUAUUAGUUUCUCGGGCACCUGCUUCACAAGUAGCUAGAAUUCAGAUGGGCCCAAAUACAGGCCUAAAUCUCAAUCAAUUAAAAUUCGUAUUUUCUGGUGCUCUUAAAUUUCAUGUCGCGUCUAAGUUUUUGGGACCACCAGCACUACCAAUGAAACAUGUUACAUUACAGCCCUGGACAGGGGGAUAUAUUCACACCAAUGGAUGGGUAGACUUCAGCUUUCUUCUCAUGUGUAUCAUUCCUGUAAAUCACGUUGCACAAGGCGUGCACUUUUAAUGGCUGUGUUCCUAUGGGAAUUUGCACAUGUUUAGAUCGACACCAUUGGGUAAAAGAUCUGAGUACCCCCCCCAUGAAAAUAAUUUUGGAACAGUAAUUGGUGACAUUUUAUAUCAAACCUAGACAUUCAAAUAUCCCCCCCCCCAAACAUUUUACAUUAGUUUUUUGGGGGGCCUGCUGAAUGUCGGGCAUUAAGAGUGACAUGGAUUCGGACACCUUCUAUCAGAAUCCUGUAGUUCUAACGGUACUAAGCAUGUUUGUAGGAUAUCGUUUUGAAACCGAAAAGUUUAUUUGUCACGUCCUCCGCAUCCGUUUUGCUGUCGCAUGUGUUACGGUGUUCAGAGUUCGUUAGAAAUGACGUAAAUGUUAUAACCAACUUAUUGAUGUGAUUCUGAUAUAGGUCAGGCCCUACUGGUCGCGUGCAUUUGACGCAUACAUGUGUCGAGCGGGAGGGUUGAGGGAAUAGGGAAUGUUUUUUUUUUCUAAACAAAUGAAGGAUUUCUGUAACAACUUUUCAGUCAGAAAUGGCUGUAAUUACGUUGCAGCUUCAGCAACAUGGACAGCGCAGUACCCACUGUUGGAUGUUCUGUGGUGGUCGGACAGCGCAGUACCCACUGUUGGAUGUUCUGUGGUGGUCGGACAGCGCAGUACCCACUGUUGGAUGUUCUGUGGUGGUCGGACAGCGCAGUACCCACUGUUGGAUGUUCUGUGGUGGUCGGACAGCGCAGUACCCACUGUUGGAUGUUCUGUGGUGGUCGGACAGCGCAGUACCCACUGUUGGAUGUUCUGUGGUGGUCGGACAGCGCAGUACCCACUGUUGGAUGUUCUGUGGUGGUCGGACAGCGCAGGAACCACUGUUGGAUGUUCUGUGGUGGUCGGACAGCGCAGGAACCACUGUUGGAUGUUCUGUGGUGGUCGGACAGCGCAGUACCCACUGUUGGAUGUUCUGUGGUGGUCGUUGCCGUAGGGAGGAGAGCGGGACAACUAGUGCUAGUCAGUCAGUCACUGGUUUUUAAAAAGUCCAAGCCAGGCCCAGCACAAUCAAAUCAAUUGCGGUCGGACUCCCUCUAGUAAUUUGUGUCUUAAUUAUUUCAUCAAACAGUGCGCUUAAAGCAUCAGGCAAGAUCAGUGAAUGUAGUUGAUUUGAUUUAAAACACAUAGGAUGUCUAUAUAUGGAGAAAAAAAAUAUGGUCGACAUUCUAAAUCAGUCUAUUUUUUUAGUCGGACAGGCCUAGUCGGUACACAGCAGGGACAUCUUUUGUUCUAGCAAGUGAAGAAAUGGCCUCCUCUGUAGGUCCUGUGUGGCUCAGUUGGUAGCGCCUGCAACGCCAGGGUUGUGGGUUCGAUUCCCACGGUAAAAUGACUAUGUAAAUAAGUACCUAUCGGCACUGAGAUAGUCGUGUGUCUGUACCGUUAACCUAGCUACACGCUAGCUAACAUUACGCCAUUGAAAAUAGCUAGCUCGCUACGGAAGCUGUGGUGUUGUCGAGGAGCCUAGCUCAAAGCUUAGAUUGAGUGGGAACUGAGUGUUUUUGUAUUUCAGAUCGCCGCCAAGAUUGGGGGUGACGGUGUACCCUCGGCGCCCUCAGGUAAUGAGUUUGGCUAUGGAGGCCAGAAGCGGCCCCUAGAAGAUGCCGGUGAGUACUGUAGACCCAUUUCAUACCUCCGUAUCUUCAGUGCGCCAUUGUUUGCCUGUACGGUUAUAGAUUGGACUUGCCUUUCUUAUCCCCAAGCCUGGUCUCAGAUCUAUUUGUGCUUUUGCCUACUUCAUUGUCCAGAUAAGUUAACAAACAGAUCACCCACCAUUUCGAAUCACACCGUACCUUCUCCGCUAUGCAAUCCGGUUUCCGAGCUGGUCAUGGGUGCACCUCAGCCACGCUUAAGGUCCUAAACGAUAUUAUAACCGCGAUCGAUAAUAGACAGUACUGUGCAGCCGUCUUCAUCGACCUGGCCAAGGCUUUCGACUCUGUCAACCACCGCAUUCUUAUUGGCGGACUAAAUAGCCUUGGUUUCUCAAAUGACUGCCUCGCCUGGUUCACCAACUACUUCUCAGAUAGAGUUCAAUGUGUCAAAUCGGAGGGCCUGUUGUCUGGACCUAUGGCAGUCUCUAUGGGGGUGCCACAGGGUUCAAUUCUUGGGCCGACUCUUUUCUCCGUGUAUAUCAAUGAUGUCGCUCUUGCUGCUGGUGACUCUCAGAUCCACCUCUACGCAGACGACACCAUUUUGUAUACAUCUGGCCCUUCAUUGGACACUGUGUUAACAAACCUCCAAACGAGCUUCAAUGCCAUACAACACUCCUUCCGUAGCCUCCAACUGCUCUUAAACACUAGUAAAACUAAAUGCAUGCUCUUCAAUCGAACGCUGCUGGCACCCGCCCACCCGACUAGAAUCACUACUCUCGACGGGUCUGACCUAGAGUAUGUGGACAACUACAAAUACCUAGGUGUCUGGUUAGACUGUAAACUCUCCUUCCAGACUCACAUUAAGCAUCUCCAAUCAAAAGAUAAAUCUAGAAUCGGCUUCCUAUUUCGCAACAAAGCCUCCUUCACUCAUGCUGUCAAACAUGCCCUCGUAAAACUGACUAUCCUACCGAUCCUUGACUUCGGCGAUGUCAUUUACAAAAUAGCUUCCAACACUCUACUCAGCAAAUUGGAUGGAGUCUAUCACAGUGGCAUCCGUUUUGUCACCAAAACCCCAUAUACUACCCACCAUUGUGACCUGUACGCUCUCGUUGGCUGGCCCUCACUACAUAUUCGUCGCCAAACCCACUGGCUCCAGGUCAUCUAUAAAUCACUGCAAAGCAAAUCCCCGCCUUAUCUUAGCUCAUUGGUCACCAUAGCAACACCCACCCGUAGUCUGCGCUCCAGCAGGUAUAUCUCACUGGUCAUCCCCAAAGCCAACACCUCCUUUGGCCGCCAUUCCUUCAAGUUCUCUGCUGCCAAUGACUGAAACGAACUGCAAAAAUCUCUGAAGCUGGAGAUACUUAUCUCCCUCACUAACUUUAAGCAUCAGUUGUCAGAGCACCUUACCGAUCACUGCACCUGUACACAGCCCAUCUGAAAUUAGCCCACCCAACAACCUCAUCCCCAUAUUGUUAUUUAUUUUGCACAUUAUCUCUAUUCGCACAUCAUCUUUUGCACAUCUAUCACUCCAGUGUUAAUACUAAUUGUAAUUAUUUUGCACUAUAGCCUAUUUAUUGCCUUACCUCCAUAACUUACUACAUUUGCACACACUGUAUAUAUAUUUUCUGUUGUAUUUUUUGACUUUAUGUUUUGUUUUACCCCAUAUGUAACUCUGUUGUUUUUUAUCAGCACUGCUUUGCUUUAUCUUGGCCAGGUCGCAGUUGUAAAUGAGAACCUGUUCUCAACUGGCUUACCUGGUUAAAUAAAGGGGAAAUAAAUAAAUACAAGCAUGCAAUUCCAGAUAUGACUAAUCCAUAUGGAGUUGGCAAGAGAACAGAAAUAGAUGGGUGCACAUGUAAAGUUGUGUAUGUUCUGUUUAAUUUAGUUGCAAAAUGUUAAUUGUCUAAACAUUGAUGCUUUCCCAGAAAGGCAUGCAUUGAGAAUUCAGUCUUAGCACCUAGCUAUGGUGUAGCUAUAGAACUGGAUACAACACUACUCUCCAGUGUCUAAACAAAACAUUGAUUAUCCAAUGUAUAAUGCAGAUCCUAAAUGGGAAUCUUAUCAGUUUUGCCUCUUGUAUCACAGCUAAAACGGUGUGAAAAUGAAUGCUUUACUGUAAGUAGACCAAGUCUCUUGAAAAAGAGAUGAUCUCAAUUAGACUAAUCUGGAUAAAUAAAAGUUAAAUAAAAGCAUCUGCCAAACUGGCCCUAGGCCUGCGUUGUAUGGAGAAACCCGGGUGUUGCUAGUGCAUUUUGUUGUGUAUCACCUGUUCCAUUCUAUCUGUUCACUCUACUUAGAUGACUGUUGGACCAGUCUAAACAGUAGAACCCAUCGGGAAGGAAUGAGCUCUCCUUUCUCAGGCACGGUUCCCUUUUGAUGAAUAACCUUUAGGCACUUAGGCCAUCAACAGGCUAAACCACACACUUGGUGUGGUAUUAUGAUAUAGAUUAGGCAUUAUGAUAUAGAUUAGGCAUUAUGAUAUAGAUUAGGCAUUAUGAUAUAGAUUAGGCAUUAUGAUAUAGAUUAGGCAUUAUGAUAUAGAUUAGGCAUUAUGUAUAGUGUGAAAUGACAUGGAUGAUUGAUCAGUAGUAUGAUGUAUAGCCUUGUUAGAAAUUAUAUCCUUACUGUUUUUUUGUGUGCUUUCUGUUCAAUGCUGUUUAGACAUGGCAUAACAUGCUUGACUUGGUUUAGUAAUAAAUUCCUUUAGUCAAGAUCAAAUCCGUUCUACUGUAUCACGUCAUGUGUAGUGUCAGAUGUGCUCCGUUUUUGAAUGAACGGGUCUGUUUAGUUCCAUUGUUUGAAAGUGUUUCAUUUAGCAGGGGGAUUGGAUGUCAUAAUAAACCACUAACCCUUGCUUGUUACUUUUUGAUAUAUAUUAGUUAGUCCAUCUUGUUUUUCUAGAAAAUACUAUGUCUGUGCCAUGUUGCACAGGUACUGAUGUAAUGUCAAAAGGCCAUUUUCUCACUCAAAGUAGGAGCCUUGUAGUCCUGCUCUCAGCCCCAGCUCUGGGUAGUCCUGCUCUCAGCCCCAGCUCUGGGUAGUCCUGCUCUCAGCCCCAGCUCUGGGUAGUCCUGCUCUCAGCCCCAGCUCUGGGUAGUCCUGCUCUCAGCCCCAGCUCUGGGUAGUCCUGCUCUGGGGACCCUUGGCAGGCCAGUAACCCUGUCUCCUCUUCUCCUUACAGACCAACCAGAGACCAAGAAGGUGGCACCAAAUGACCGUAAGUAUCUUUAGCCUGCUGGCUGUUAAAGGAAAUGUGUAGGAUAGUUCCUCCUGUCUAGAAAUAGCCUCUGGUACCUAUGGGUUUAUGGUUAAGUCCCAAAUGGCACCCUAUUCCCUUUGUAGUGCACUACUUUUGACCAGGGUCCGUAGGGCUUAGUGCACUACUUUUGACCAAUCUAAGGAAUAGGGGGCCCUUUGGGAAACGGACUAUGGUGCACCUGGACAGGGCCCCAUACUCAUCCUCAGUAUAGACUCUUUACUUGCCGCAGGGAUAUCUAAUGGAUCAAAUCUGAGUUUUCUUAAUUAGUGGUCCUCUUGUAUCUGAAUCUCUUUGGUUUCCUCAUUGCAGCGUUCUCAGCAGCGAUGGGUAUGGGAGGGGGUGGUCCUCGGUCGUCUUCAGAGGAGUUCAAGGUCCCUGACGGAAUGGUUGGAUUCAGUAAGUACACACACACACGGUCCCUGAAGGAAUGGUUGGAUUCAGUAAGUACACACACACACACACACACAAUGUGCAGAUGGACUUUGGGGGUUGAUUGCCAAAUCUUUUCUACCCCAGUUAUAGGAAGAGGAGGAGAACAGAUAUCCCGUAUGCAGCAGGAGUCGGGGUGCAAAAUCCAGAUCGCCCCUGGUAAGAUUUUCCUGAAGUCCGAACGUACUGAUUUGCUCAUAAUGCCGAGUUCUGCAUGCGUAUCUCUACUCUGAAAUGCCCCAACUCCUCUUCAUCUCUCUGGAUUGCAGACAGUGGAGGAAUGCCUGAUAGGUCGGUGACACUGACGGGAUCCCCAGACUCAAUACAGUACGUAUACUUCUCCUGUCGUCCCUUCUCUGCCCUCUUCGAUCUUCUCCCCCUCUAUUCGCUGGCCUUCUCUCUCCCCUCUAUUCGCUGGCCUUCUCUCCCCCCUCUAUUCGCUGGCCUUCUCUCCCCCCUCUAUUCGCUGGCCUUCUCUCCCCCCUCUAUUCGCUGGCCUUCUCUCCCCCCUCUAUUCGCUGGCCUUCUCUCCCCCCUCUAUUCGCUGGCCUUCUCUCCCCCCUCUAUUCGCUGGCCUUCUCUCCCCCCUCUAUUCGCUGGCCUUCUCUCCCCUCUCAUUUUCUGCCUUCUCUCUGGUCCCCCUACUAUUCGCUGGGCCUUCUCUACUCCCCUCUCAUUCGCUGGCUUCUUCCCCCUUAUUCGCUGGCCUUCUCCCCCCUCUAUUCGUCUGGCUUUCUCUCCCCCCUCUAUUCGCUGGCCUUCUCUACCCCCUCUAUCGUGGCUUCUCUCCCCCCUCUAUCGCUGCCUUCUCCCCCCUCUAUCGCUGCCUUAGUCUCUCCCUCAUUCGCUGGCCUUCCUCUCCCCUCUAUCGCUGGCUUCCUGUCCCUCUCUUUCGGGUGCCUUCUCCCCCCUCUAUUCCAGGCCUUCUUCCCCUCUAUUCGAUGGGCCUCCCACCUCUAUCCGGGUCUGUUACUCCCACCUCUAUCGUGGCCAACCCUCCCCCUCAUUCGUGGGCCUUUGUCCGUAGCUCUGCACUCUUCCCUAUUCACUGAUGUGUGACACAAAGUCCAAAGACAUCUACAUAUCUGUACUUCCACUUUCAUAGCUUUGGCCCUCGUCAUGCCUGCUGAUGUCUUUGCCUGAUGCUGUUUACCAGACUGCCAGGUCCUACUUGUGUUUGUAGGCCUUUCUACCCACUGUCCGUGGCCUUAGCUAACGGUCCCAUGUUCUUGGCCCCAACCAGAGCUGCCAAGAGGCUGCUAACGGAGAUCGUUGAUAAGGGUCGUCCUACUCCAGCCUUCCACCACAACGACGCCGGCGGUCCCUGGUAUGUCUGUUCAGGAGAUGCUGGUCCCUGCCUCCAAGGCUGGCCUGGUCAUCGGGAAGGGAGGAGAGACCAUCAAACAGCUGCAGGAGAGAGCCGGGGUCAAGAUGGUGAUGAUCCAGGAAGGGCCUCAGAACACGGGCGCAGACAAACCUCUACGCAUCUCUGGGGAACCUUUUAAAGUCCAGGUAAAUGGAGACUCACUCCCUCAAGUACAACUGAAACGUUGAAGUGAAAUUAGUCACUCUGAAAGAAAUUGCUAACUACUCAUUACUGCAAAGUUUCAUGCUUAUUUGCCCAUGAUAUUUGCUUGGUGAUAUUUGCUUGGUGACGUUGAGGACCUGUUUGACUCCCGUGUCCUCCUGUGUUUUAUCUGGUUGACUCCCGUGUCCUCAGCAAGCCAAAGAAAUGGUGAUGGAGCUGAUCAGAGAACAAGGCUUCAGGGAGCAGAGGGGAGAGUAUGGCUCCAGGAUGGGGGGAGGAGGAGGAGGAGGAGGAGGAGGAGGAGAGGGCCUGGAUGUAAGUCUACAGUAACACUCGUACUACACUGUCAAGGAAUCCCAACGUUUGUUAACGGUAAUGUCAGACUUUGCUCUCUCAGUAUCUGAGCACGGGUGCGCUUCACGCCGCUACGUGGUUAGCUACAGGACCAAAACAGAGGAGUUAAGCCCUGUGCUGUAACACUCUUAGUUGUUGCGGAAAUUGACCAGUUAUUGUGUUCUUGCAUUCAAUGUCAUCUGUCUGAGUCUACCUUUUCAGUAAGAAUGUCAGUUUGUACAGAUUGAACUGCCAUCCGAGUUGGGAGGAGACUAGGGUUUGAAGGUAUCCAGAUUACCAUACAGUGUCAUCCCGGGAUAUACGGUAUUACCGGUAGUGUACACAAGGGGCACUAUUUCCCCCUUCCUAAUGUAAAGAAAAUAAAGGCCCAAAAAGUUACUUACCAGAAUGCUAACAAGUACUAAUGAUUUCUCAUAGCGGAUGCUAGGUAAAUGCUAACGUGCGCAUGCAGACAUAUACUUCUAGGACAGACAACCCAGCUCAUAAAGUUAUGAGAGUAUCUCAAAACGCAGUUUGCAGCACGCACAAAACAAAUAUUAGGCACCAGGGAUCUUAAUCCAGGAUUGUCUCUGCUGCUGUUACCAAUAAGCUUGAUCUGCAAGCGUCGUUAACGUUAGCAAAACCCAGCUGGAGAGAAUUUAGUUUGGCACAUCUUAAUGGUUAACUUAAUAGUUAUAAGAUAUAUAGCUGGCAAACAUUAGUAGUGAAUUUUAUUCAAGUGUAACUUGAUCACCUCACUUAAGUGGCGCUGCAGGAGUGACUCAGCUCAGGAAGCUCCCGGUGGCGCUGCAGGAGUGACUCGGCUCAGGAAGCUCCCGGUGGCGCUGCAGGAGUGACUCAGCUCAGGAAGCUCCCGGUGGCGCUGCAGGAGUGACUCAGCUCAGGAAGCUCCCGGUGGCGCUGCAGGAGUGACUCAGCUCAGGAAGCUCCCGGUGGCGCUGCAGGAGUGACUCAGCUCAGGAAGCUCCCGGUGGCGCUGCAGGAGUGACUCAGCUCAGGAAGCUCCCAUUGUGCUCGUUGUGCUUCUUUGUUAUCAAACACACGUGACUGGCUGUAGUCCUAACAGUGAAAUGCUUACUUACAAGCCCUUAAUCAACAAUGCAGUUUUAAGAAAAGUAAGUGCUAAGUAAAAAAUGGAUAACAAAAAAUAAAAUAAUGAAAGAGCAGCAGUAAAAUAACAGUAGUGAGGCUACAGGGGGUACAGGUUAGAGAUAGUAUGUAGGUAGAGUUAAAGUGACUAUGCAUAGAUAAUAAACAGGGGGGGGGGGGACGACGACAAUGCAAAUAGUCCGGGUAGCCAUUUGAUAAGCUAUUCAGGAGUCUUAUGGCUUGGGGGUAGAAGCUGUUAAGCCUUUUGGACCUAGACUUGCUGCUCCGGUACCGCUUGCCGUGCGGUAGCAGAGAGAACAGUAUGACUAGGGUGGCUGGAGUCUUUGACAAUUGUGGAAGGAUGAACUAGUAUGAAAACAUUAUUAAAAAUAUCAUUAAUGAAAAUACAUCAAUCAUUGUUUGAAUACAUUUUAAAUUUUUGUCAUUUAGCAGACGCUCUUAUCCAGAGCAACUUAAAGGAGCAAUUAGGGUUAAGUGCCUUGCUUAAGGGCACAUCGACAGAUUUUUCAGCUAGUCGGCUCGGGGAAUAGAACCAGCAACCUUUCGGUUACUGGCACAACGCUCUUACCCAUUAACAAUGUCUACACUGUAUUUCUGAUCAAUUUUAUGUUAUUUUAAUGGACAAAAAUUGCUUUUCUUUCAAAAACAAGGACAUUUCUAUGUGACCCCAAACUUUUGAACGGUAGCGUAUAUCCCGGCAGCUGUAUGUUAUCCAUGUCGUCGUUCAGCCACGACUCGGUGAAACAUAAGAUAUUACAGUUUCUAAUGUCCCGUUGGUAAGAUAUCCGUGAUCGUAGUUCGUCUAUUUUGUUAUCCAAUGAUUGUGCGUUGGCUAAUAGGACUGAUGGUAGAGGCAGAUUACCCACUCGCCGUCGGAUCCUUACAAGGCACCCCGACCUACGUCCCCGAUAUCACCAUCUUUCUCAUGCGAAUGACGGGGAUUUGGGCCUUGUCGGGUGUGUGACGACAAAUCCUUCGCGUCCGACUCGUUAAAGGAAAAAAAUAUUUGUCCAGUGCGAGGUGAGGAAUCGCUGUCCUGAUAUCCAGAAGCUCUUUUCUGUCAUAAGAGACGGUGGCAGAAAUAUUAUGUAAAAAAUAAGUUACAAAUAACGCGAAAAAUACACACAAUAGCACAAUUGGUUAGGAGCCCGUAAAACACCAGCCAUCUCCUCCGGCGCCAUUCUUGCAGCUGUUUUGGGGAGCUAGUACCGGUUAGCUUCAUAAUGAAAAAUUAACGAAUGGGGGAAAUGAACGCCAUCUGCUUUAUCUAUUACCUAGUGCACUAGUUGACUGCAGGUAUUUAUUUAAAUAGUACUAAUAUUCAAAGCCCCAAAAAGUCACUUACCAGAAUGCUAACAAGUACUAAGUAAUCCUCAUAGAGAACGCUAACUAAAUGCUAACGAGCGCUUUGUGAUCAUUUUGUACAGUUUCUGACCUAAACUAUACAAGUAACUCAAACGCUACACCGUUUACUGCAAGGCUCUUGUUCCAGGAAGGGAUUAUCUACUGUUAACAAGCAAAUGCUUGAUUUUGGAAGACGCUAACCACUUAGGUAGAUGGCUAACUAGCUACUAAAUUAGCAAACCAAAUGCACAACUGCAGAGCAUUUAGCAUAUUUUAGACAGUUAACUUAAUAGUUAUAAAAUAUCUCUGGUAAACAUUUAGUUGUGAAUUCCGUACUGUAAUUAGCUCACCUGGCGCUUGCUGCAGAACAGUGAGUGACUCACAAGGGUCUCUGGUUGUCGUGUGCUUCUAAACAAACACCAUUGUACAUUUUAGUCAUUUAGCAGACGCUCUUAUCCAGAGCGACUUACAGUUAGUGAGUCAUUUAGCAGACGCUCUUAUCCAGAGCCACUUACAGUUAGUGAGUCAUUUAGCAGACGCUCUUAUCCAGAGCGACUUACAGUUAGUGAGUCAUUUAGCAGACGCUCUUAUCCAGAGCCACUUACAGUUAGUGAGUCAUUUAGCAGACGCUCUUAUCCAGAGCCACUUACAGUUAGUGAGUCAUUUAGCAGACGCUCUUAUCCAGAGCGACUUACAGUUAGUGAAUACAUAUAUAUAUUUUUUCAUACUGGUCCCCCGUGGGAAUUGAACCCACAACCUUGGCGUUGCAAACGCCAUGCUCUACCAACUGAGCUACAUCCCUGCCGGCCAUUCCCUCCCCUACCCUGGACGACGCUGGGCCAAUUGUGCGCUGCCCAUGAGUCUGGGACUACCUUAAGCUACAUAAUGUUUAUCGCCUAACGUGUUACGCAAGUUCACUACAAAUAUUUAUCAUAAAAAACUUCAAAUAAAUAGUUUCGACGGUAUUGAAAAACCAUCCUGUGGCUUUUUCCAAAUACCCCGGUAUAGGGUAUACCGCCCAAGCCUAAAGGAGACUAUGUAAUGGCAUGCUUUAUGUUUGUGUGUCCGUUUUUAUCUGAAGGCAUUUGAGUUGACUUCUAACCUGGCCUGUCCUCCCUCCCUUAGGUUCCUGUCCCCAGGUUUGCGGUGGGAAUCGUGAUCGGGAGAAAUGGAGAGAUGAUCAAGAAGAUCCAGAGCGACACAGGAGUCAGGAUCCAGUUCAAACCAGGUGAGGGGUGACUGAUAGAAAGCAGGUCUCAAAUGGCACCCUAUUCCCUAUAUAGUGCACUACUUUGGACCAGAACCUAUGGGGCCCAUUUGGGAUGCAACUAGUCUGUUACCUGAGUGCAGACUAUGUUAGUGAAGACUUCAACAUUCUUCAUGUUGACCUGAUUGUCCAGUGAUGAACUUGUCUGAUAUGGCAAAGCUAUAGUUACUUUGACCUGGCCUCUCCCCGUGGCCGUGCCGCCUGACCUCUCCCCGCGGCCGUGCCACCUGACCUCGCCACCUGACCUCUCUCCGCGGCCGAGCCACCUGACCUCUCCCCGUGGCUGUGCCGCCUGGCCUCUCCCCGUGGCUGUGCCGCCUGACCUCUCCCCGUGGCCGUGCCGCCUGACCUCUCCCCGCGGCCGUGCCGCCUGACCUCUCCCCGUGGCCGUGCCGCCUGGCCUCUCCCCGUGGCCGAGCCGCCUGACCUCGCUGUGCCACCUGGCCUCUCCCCGCGGCCGAGCCACCUGGCCUCUCCCCGCGGCCGAGCCACCUGGCCUCUCCCCGCGGCCGAGCCCACCUGGCCUCUCCCCGCGGCCGUGCCGCCUGACCUCGCUGUGCCACCUGGCCUCUCCCCGCGGCGAGCCCUGACCUGUGUUUCUACCUCGCUGUGCCAGUACUUCCCCGCGUCCCACCCCCUCUCCAAAGCUCUCCCGCGGCCUACGUACUGUCCACCCAUCUAAAGUUUCACUGCUGCUUUCAUAAAAACGACAAAUGCAAUUGAUUUAGUCAGACCCGAUCUCAAUAUGCUUAAUGGUUAUUAAGUGGUUGACUAGAGGGAAAGUGUACUGACACUGGAGCUUACCGGGAUUGAACUGCCAAACCAUUCCGACAAUUCAAACUAAUAAACUCAACUCCUUUAGGUGGGGGGGGCAACACAACUGAGCAAAGUGAAACACUGACAUCAACCCUACUUCCUUCUCUCCUUUUCCCCCUCCCCCUUCCUCUCCAGAUGACGGCAGUACCCCGGAGAGGAUAGCCCAGAUCGUGGGUCCCCCUGACCAGUCCCAGCAUGCAGCAGAGAUCAUCUCUGACCUUCUGAGGAGUGUCCAGCAGGGGGGGCCGGGCGGGCCUAACGGAGGGGGCAGGGGGAGAGGCAGGGGGGGUAACGGGGGCGGUAACUGGAACAUGGGUCCUCCAGGCGGACUGCAGGAGUUCACCUUCACCGUCCCUACCAUGAAGACUGGACUCAUCAUCGGCAAAGGUAGGUGAACUUAAAACUGUGUGUGUCUAAAAUGACACCCGUUUCCUUUAUAUAGUGCACUUCUUAAUGUGGCGGGAGAGGUGUGAGUGAACGCAUGCUUCAGUUCUAGUCAGCUGGUGAACCGAACAAGUGUGCUCGCAUAUGCCCUUUUAAAGCCAGUAUACACUUCCUCAAAAUAAGAUGACUCAAGAAAUCUGUUAUACAUUUUUACCUUUUUGCUGAGGAGAUCUUAGUUGCGUAAUUUUACAUCUAAGAUGUUUGGUGUAGUGUUUCACAAUGAAAACGAGUGGUCUCUUGUUGAAUGACGACAAAGACUUUAUGGAAGAAUCCCUACUGUUGACCAAUCACCGACGAAGGGGCGUAGACUUCGGCUACCGACUUUGGCCUCAACAAAAAAAUAAUGGUGUGACCCGAACAACCCGGGAAAAACCCUUACCGAAGUCCAAAACGUCGUCAUAAUAAUAUGUGCAUAAACUCUUCCGGACUGUUUGGGCUGUGAAGCUGUCUGACGGAGUAGGCUGAAGAUUGGUUUCCUGUAGGCCAAGUGUUUUUCUCUUACUGCAGUAGUCUUGUCUAUUACAUUUUUAGUCAUUUAGCAGACGCUCUUAUCCAGAGCGACUUACAGUUAGUGAGUGCAUACAAUUAUUAACAUUUUUUAUUUUUUUUACUGGCCCCCUGUGGGAAUCGAACCCACAACCCUAGCGUUGCAAACGCCUUGCUCUUACACAGGAAUAAGUGCAGUGUUUCCCCUAUAUUAAUGUAUAGUUGCCGCCACUGCCCCCCCCAAAUUUUUUUAUCUGCGGCCAAGAUGGCCUCUGGUUCUGUUUAGUAGCCCUGGGUCGUGUUCAUUAGGCACCAAAAGGAAGAACCAAGCGCACACACGUUCUUCUGGAAAUCUACUUUUUCUAGUUUAGUCUGAACAGUCCUACCUCUCUCCCGCUCCAGUCUAGUUUAGUCUGAACAGUCCUUCCUCUGCCCGCUCCAGUCUAGUUUAGUCUGAACAGUCCUACCUCCUCUGUCCCGCUCCAGUCUAGUUUAGUCUGAACAGUCCUACCUCCUCUGUCCCGCUCCAGUCUAGUUUAGUCUGAACAGUCCUACCUCCUCUGUCCCGCUCCAGUCUAGUUUAGUCUGAACAGUCCUUCCUCUGUCCGCUCCAGUCUAGUUUAGUCUGAACAGUCCUACCUCCUCUGUCCCGCUCCAGUCUAGUUUAGUCUGAACAGUCCUUCCUCUGUCCGCUCCAGUCUAGUUUAGUCUGAACAGUCCUUCCUCUGUCCCGCUCCAGUCUAGUUUAGUCUGAACAGUCCUUCCUCUGUCCGCUCCAGUCUAGUUUAGUCUGAACAGUCCUUCCUCUGCCCGCUCCAGUCUAGUUUAGUCUGAACAGUCCUUCCUCUGCCCGCUCCAGUCUAGUUUAGUCUGAACAGUCCUUCCUCUGCCCGCUCCAGUCUAGUUUAGUCUGAACAGUCCUUCCUCUGCCCGCUCCAGUCUAGUUUAGUCUGAACAGUCCUUCCUCUGUCCCACUCCAGGAGGAGAGACCAUCAAGGGCAUCAGCCAGCAGUCUGGGGCUCGUAUUGAGCUACAGAGGAACCCUCCGCCCAACUCAGACCCCAACAUCAAGAUGUUCACCGUCCGAGGAUCGCACCAACAGAUAGACUACGCACGACAGCUGGUCGAGGAGAAGAUCGGGGUGAGUGGUUUUCGGUGUUGAUGUGUCUGCGGUAUAAAUCAUACAUAUCUAUGUGAAGCUCAGUCACUGGACAGUGGUAUAGAAGUUUAGUGGAUCACCUUUAUUUAACUAGAAAUCCAUGUGUAUGUGAAUAACUGACUGGUCAGGAAGCACAUUCUCAACUUUCUAAAGCCAUUGCUCAUUUCUGCAUCUGUCGCCAGUACAUUGUUUGACACCUCUGCACUCAAUGUUCCCCAGGGUCCAGUCAGUCCAAUGGGUGGUCCCCAAGGUCCUCCAGGUCCCCACGGAGGUCCCUCUCCCCACGGGCCCCCCGGCCCUCCUGGACCUCCUGCUCAGAUGGGUCCCUACAACCCCGGCCCCUACAACCAGGGACCCCCAGGACCACAGUAAGAUCACGUCUGAGGCUUUUCACUGAUAUUUAAAUAGCCAUUUCUCCCCCACCAAUAUUUACAUCUGGGUGGCUGUUGAUGUUUAGUUUAGUCCAAGCGUUUCAUUUAGGAGGAAACGCAAUACACAUAUUUUAAAAAGACUUAACCGAUGGCGAUGGAUAUUUACAAGCAAAGUAGGCUGAAUGAGUGCAUUAAAGUUGCACUACGCAGAAAUUGCGCCGGCACUUCCUGGUUGCUAAAACUCAUAAUAGUUUGCUUAAAUUUCAGUUUGUGACAAAAUAAGCAAGUAUAGUGUAGCGAAUCAUUGUACCGUCUAAACCGCUGUGAAAUAUAUUUUCCAUAACCAGAAAUAUAGUAUUUUGAGCUGUUUUGAAGCUGGUGUAAAAAAACGAAAGUAAAAGACUCAAAAAACGAAACUUAACGGGAAGCAUAGAAAUAGGACACAUAGAACAGAUCUACCGCUUCUUAGACUGGCUUUCAAGUAGAAUUAUAGAUCUAUGUGAAUUUGGUCAGGUCGCCCCCAAAAAGUGACACAUUGCUGCUUUUUAAAAUAUAUAAUUCUUUAUGAAAUACUAUUAAAUGGGAGAGGAAAGUCAGAUUUGAUAGAGAAGGCUGUGUUGUAGUUUGUAGUUACCACCCAGCGUUGGUGACGGUUUGUUUCCUCUCCUCUUAGUGGUCCUCCUGCUCCCUACCAGCCUCAGGGUUGGGGCAACGGCUUCCCCCACUGGCAGCAGGGACAGCCUGAUCCUGGUAAGGGACUAACACCGUCCAAUAUGAUUAUCUAUUGAUAAACGGAUACAUUCACCUGGCUAAAUAGUUUGGACGUUGUUAAAAGGCCUUUUUUUUUUUAUUGUAGUUGAGACAAUCUGUCAAUUUAAAAAAAAAAACUCCUAUGAGUUUAUUGGCUCCAUUAUGCAAGGCCUUAAGCCAAGACAUGUUUAUCCUGUGUAGGUGAAUCAACAGGGGGAUAUCUAAUGUGUGUAUUGAUUGUAGGUAAAGCUGCGGCUGACGCCAACGCAGCGGCCUGGGCAGCGUAUUACUCCCAGUACCAACAGCAACCCCAGGCCCCCAUGACACCCACCGGCGGCGCCCCAGGGAGCACACAGGCCAACGGGCAAGGUAACCAGGCUUCUCCCCCCACCCUGUCACAUCCUCUGGUUCUCUGCUGGGAUGUAUUCACUAGGAACCAAACGGGCAGGGACAUACCUGAAUUUGUCCCAAUAGAAACUAGUUUUCCGUUGCCAAACGUGCUACGGUUUGUUAGCGUGCGCUAACGAAUACAACCCAGGUAACCUUUGCAUGGUCUGUAGACACCUAGACUAAGGGCGGGAUGAAUUCCUUAGACUAAGGGCGGGAUGAAUUCCUUAGACUAAGGGCGGGAUGAAUUCCUUAGACUAAGGGCGGGAUGAAUUCCCUAGACUAAGGGCGGGAUGAAUUCCUUAGACUAAGGGCGGGAUGAAUUCCUUAGACUAAGGGCGGGAUGAAUUCCUUAGACUAAGGGCGGGAUGAAUUCCUUAGACUAAGGGCGGGAUGAAUUCCCUAGACUAAGGGCGGGAUGGAAUUCCCUAGACUAAGGGCGGGAUGGAAUUCCUUAGACUAAGGGCGGGAUGGAAUUCCCUAGACUAAGGGCGGGAUGGAAUUCCUUAGACUAAGGGCGGGAUGGAAUUCCCUAGACUAAGGGCGGGAUUCAUUCAAAGUGCCUUCUAACACUGCUGCACUGAACUACAGACAAGGUGCCUUUUUUCGCAGAGUUUUGCAGAGAAUGCAUUUAUGAAAAAGGUUUUGGAUGUCUGCUGAAGUGUCAAAUACCUUUUUUAAUAAGCGCCUUCGACAUCACCUUAAUGAGCAGUGCCUUAGUCGCUCAAUGUACUACAGCUUGAAUCCCGACCCUAACAGUCUUGCCAGUUUUCCACGUCUCUGGUUCGGAGCAGAGCGCCCCUAGCAGGGUGGAGGACUAACUACAGUUAGCCUCAGAGUGGUUCUCAAUACUAUAUUGUACCAUUUUUAACAGGUGACCCCAAGGGACCUGGUCACACUGGACAGGCAGAUUACUCCAAGGCCUGGGAGGAAUAUUACAAGAAAAUGGGUAUAAACAGAAAUACAUGUUUUGCCAAGCUUCAGUUCUUAGUCUUUUAUUGGAAUUAACUGAGGAUCAGUUUAAACAGCUAUGGGGCUUUGAAACGGCAACUACAAUAAAAAAAAAGCUUUUUUUUGGGGGGGGGGGGGGCGGGCUACGAUUGUGAAAUCUUGAGGCUUGGUUGCUGUGAUCAUUUGUGGUUGCGGUCCACCAGUUGGUUGGUUUCAAGCCCAUGCUGUUUAGACUGGUUUUGUACUGGUGUUCCUAUCUAACCACGGACUGGUGAACCUAUCUAGCCAGAGACGGACUGGUGAUGCUAUCUAACCACAGACGGACUGGUGACGCUAUUUAACCACAGACGGACUGGUGAUGCUAUCUAACCACAGACGGACUGGUGAUGCUAUCUAACCACAGACGGACUGGUGACGCUAUUUAACCACAGACGGACUGGUGAUGCUAUCUAGCCACAGACGGACUGGUGAUGCUAUCUAACCACAGACGGACUGGUGACGCUAUUUAACCACAGACGGACUGGUGAUGCUAUCUAGCCACAGACGGACUGGUGAUGCUAUCUAACCACAGACGGACUGGUGACGCUAUCUAACCACAGACGGACUGGUGAUGCUAUCUAACCACAGACGGACUGGUGACGCUAUCUAACCACAGACGGACUGGUGAUGCUAUCUAACCACAGACGGACUGGUGAUGCUAUCUAACCACAGACGGACUGGUGAUGCUAUCUAACCACAGACGGACUGGUUGAUGCUAUCUAACCACAGACGGACUGGUGACGCUAUCUAAACCACAGACGACUGGUGACGCUAUUUAACCACAGACGGACUGGUGAUGCUAUCUAACCACAGACGGACUGGUGAUGCUAUCUAACCACAGACGGACUGGUGAUGCUAUCUAACCACAGACGGACUGGUGAUGCUAUCCAGCCACAGACGGACUGGUCUUUCUACAGACUGGGAAUAACAAGACCCUUGUAUAAAGAGUAUAUUCUUUCCUCUGCACAUCCCAUACUGUUGUCUUGUCUAUCUAUUACCUGCUCAUGUGCUGUAACACUGACUACAUGGUAAAGGAACAUAGUUUGUUGAGUCUGUGUGGAAGGUUGUUCUGUUGAGACUAAAUCAGUGUUGUGUCAUUUCCAGGACAGCCAGGCCAGCAGCCACAGGACUACACCAAGGCUUGGGAGGAGUACUAUAAAAAACAAGGUGAGACGGCUGCCACCGAAUAUCUCAAAGUUUAAACUGCUGGCUGUAAUGGUUUAGUAAGGCCAAGAUGUCAUUGGUCACGUUGUGGGCAGCUGUGCCCCCCCCUCUCAGCUCUCUCUCUGUAGUAGAGGGUCUGUCUCCACAGCUGCCCCAGAACAAGGCAGAGGGAUUCUGUCCCACCACCCGAAGAACCGGUGGUGGGGUCGUUCCCCUUCUCACACUCACACCGAUGUAGUUGUUUCUAAAAACCUUCUCCUUUUAGUAUCCCAACCCUUUUUUUACGGAUUUUGAUCUAUUCGAGACCUGGUCCACUUUGGUAGCACUGACUUGACUAGUCUCUAUUACCUGCUUACCGAUCUCCAAAUCAAAGUUGAUUGGUCGUCUACACAGAUUUGGAGAUGCAGUGAAAAGCUUGUGUUUCUAGCUCAACAGAGCAGUAAUAAAAUACCUAGCAAUAAAACACAUAAUCCAGAAGAGAAACAUUUACAUUUAAAUUUUUAGUCAUUUAGCAGACACUCUUAUCCAGAGCGACUUACAGGAGCAAUUAGGGUUAAGUGCCUUGCUCAAGGGCACAUCGACAGAUUUUUCACCUAGUCGGCUCUGGGGAUUAGAACCAGCGACCUUUCGGUUACUGGCACAACGCUCUUACCCACUAAGCUACCUGCCGCCCUAGGUGAGCAAUGUCCGUCCAUACACACCACAACACGGACAGGAUAUAAAUAGGAAAAGGUGUUUACAGCAGUAGUUAUAUAGGAUGAGCCAUGACUAGAAUACAAUAUAUACUCAUGAAGUGGUCCUCUGUAGCUCAGCUGGUAGAGCACGGCGCUUGUAACGCCAAGGGUAGUGGGUUCGAUCCCCGGGACCACCCAUAAACAAAAAAAAUGUAUGCACGCACGACUGUAAGUCGCUUUGGAUGAAAGCGUCUGCUAAAUGGCAUAUUAUUUAUUAUUUUAUUUAAAACAGUAUGUAAACAUUAUUAAAGUGACCAGUGUUCAAUGAAUAUGUACAUGUGCAGGGUUGAGUACCUGUAGUAGCAGCUAGUAACAGAGGCUAAAGUUCGGGGCAGGGUGCUGGGCGGAGGCCGGCUAGUGGUGACUGUCUAACAGGCCGAUGGCCUGGAGAUAUAAAGCUGUUUUUCCAGUCUCUCGGUCCCAGCUUUGAUGCACCUGCACUGGCCUUCUAGAUGGUGAUGGUUAACAGGCCGUGGCUCAGGGUGGUAACAUUUUUCUUAAUGUUUAAUCAGCCAUAAAAAAUAAAACAAUUUUAAGAAAAUCGUAAAAUGACAUGUGCUGGCUACCAGACGACGCUGUCCCCCCCCCCCCCCCCACCCGUUCAGCAAUGAUGGUAGUUAAUGCAGUUUUUAGGUUCUCUGCUGUGUGCCUCCAUGUUCUCAGUGGGCAACACAUGGCCCACUUCCUCAUCCGUGUGAUUGCUCGUGGCAGUGCUGUAUGACAGCGUGUCCACAGACGUCUAACCUGUUAACGCCAUGUAUGGUGUUGGAAACCUUGCGCUUGGUACUUGCAGAGCAGUCAUUUCUCCAUCGGGGCCGUCACUUCGCAUCGGGGUCAGAUAUUCUUCGAGGUUUAAAGCAACAUUAGUAUAGCAAGACAUCCAUUACAUUUAUAAUUGGCGCGAUCAACGAAGAGCUUACAGGAGUCAUUGGUAAGUCUUCGCUCAAGGGCCAAUUAACGUUUUUGAAGAGCCGUUAGUCGUGGCGGCCACAAUUGCGUUCCCCAGCGUUGGGUCACGUUACAAUUUGAGGGUAGGGAGUUGACUGGUUUGCAGAACUUAGCCUAUCGGUUGUCUUAAGAGGUGGGGUUUCAAGGUCUCCGGAUUGUCAGUGGUUACGCUUCCUGGCUUGGGAGCUUGUUCAACCUCCAGAGAAGUAACAUUUUUGACGUUGCCUGACGUGAGUGGUGUCCGACCAGAGGGGAGCAGCAUGGAUAUUUGUGAACGUCUAUGUCCUAGUUUGGGGUGGUAAAUUUCAGUAAGUAAAACGAAAACAGGUUAGUUCCUCAAUAACUAAGGAGAUCUAUUGUUUGUAAGCGGAAUGCAUUUAAUAACCAAUGGAGUGCUAAUCAGGGUGGUGGUGAGAACUUGAUUAAAGUUGACAAUGGCUGCGUAUCAACUGCAAUAGUUUCUGUAAUCAGUGCUGUGAUUUUGUCACGCUGUCCAUUAUUAGGCUUUUGUGUGAAGAGCCCGUCUGUCUGUUGGCGGCCUACGCUGCUUCCCGCGACGGUUUGGGUCUCGCGGUGCAUCUUUCAGAUGGUUAAGCAUUGCACCUGUACUUGCCCCUGUAGAGCCUGUGUGUCUGUUGGCGGCCUACGCUGCUUCCCGGUCUCGCGGUGCAUCUUUCAGAUGGUUAAGCAUUGCACCUGUACUUGCCACUGUAGAGCCCGUGUGUCUGUUGGCGGCCUACGCUGCUUCCCGCGACGGUUUGGGUCUCGCGGUGCAUCUUUCAGAUGGUUAAGCAUUGCACCUGUACUUGCCACUGUAGCUCAAUUCCUCCUUGUAAAGUUUGCAUUUCACCAUCUGUUUCCCAUAUAUUCAUUUAGCAGUGGUGGGCCACCACUCAAAUAUAUGAUUAUUAAAUUUUUUUAAAAUAGUUUUCGGGAUUGGUAAAACAUUUUCAGUGUUAAUGUAAAACAAAAACCAGAUAUAAAGAUGUAGAAAAUAAAAUAAUGGAGGUAUGUGUUUUUUUUAUAAGAUCUCAAAGAUGAACUAACAAUCACCAAGAUAUUAUAAAAAAAAUUACAAUCUCAGGGAGAUUCUAAAAUUCCAAAAAUGGCAUGGGGGCACACAUUGAUAAUUUUAAUUUUUUUACCGUGUUUGAGUCACUCAGAUAGCAUAAGAACACGGCAUAAGCAACGGCGAAAUGCGUAGAACUGAAGGAAACUAGGUUUAAAACAGCAAAAUGUUGUCUCUGCGGCCAAGAGAGCAUCAAAGAUGUUGGUCGGAGACGGAUCUUUCUUCUAAAAGUUAACGGAUCACAAUUUAGUUUAAAAGUUCACACCCCUAAUCUCAACUCAUCUCAUCGUGAUCCCCCUCUAGUCUGGUUGGGUUCCAUACUGUUGUCAUAAUUUUUUUUUGUAUUAUUCACUAGACUAGUGUUAAUGCCAACCCUUGGAUGUCGGGAGUCCAUGCGGUCUCAUCCAUGUUUCUAACUGUGUCCGUCCCUGCCCAGGUCAAGCGGCCCCGCAGGCGGGAGCAGCGCCAGGUGGUCAGCCAGGUGGUCAGCCGGGUGGUCAGCCAGACUACAGUGCUGCCUGGGCGGAGUACUACCGGCAGCAGGCUGCGUAUUACGGACAGGGAAGCCCACAGGCCAUGGGGGCACAGCCACAAGCACCUCAGGUACGCCUUCAAUGAGACCUUUACCCCCCCCGUUCCAACCCCCCCCCCCGUUGUUGUUCGACUUCUCCGCUAUCUAUUUCUGUUUUCCUGUAUCGUCCGUCUGUCUUAUUUUUGACUGUAACCCUCAUUUCAACUCCCUUGCUGUCUUUUUUUAUAAAGCCUUGUGUCUUAUUGCAUCUGUGUGGCUAACCCUGUUCCUUCCACUGGGUGUUAUAGGGGAACGGAGGAGUCGGUGUGGCAGAGAGCAGAAACUAAUGCUCCUCUUCCCUCUAUUUAAACAGGUUUUAAUAUGAUGUGUGAAGAAGUUGCGUCCAUGUGUUCUGCUGUUAACAUGGCCUGUAUGUUCUAUGUAUUUCUUCUGCACAGGGCCAGUAAUGUGAAGUGGACAUAAAGUAAAUGCUACAUUGUGGAAACAAAACAAACCCCUUUGUUAAAUGUGUUGGAUGGUGCAGAUGAUGCCUUGAAGAUCUUAAUUUCCCCCCCUUGGUUGGUUGGUUUGAAGUGUUUCACAGUAGAUGUGAUGGCAGCGGUCUGUCUGGAGACACAAACCCUUCGUCCUUUGAUAUCUAUCUUUUUGUUUUUCUAGUUUUGUUUCUUGUAAAUGAAUGGUUUGGUUUUUUUAGUGAGGUAAUUAUGUUCAUUCCAGCCCCCUGUAUCUUAUCUUUGUCAUACUGUGUGGUUAAAGAGCUCCUGUUAUUAACUAGCUAGUUGUUUACCAUGGAAAAAUCAUCUCCGUUUUUUAAAUAAUAUGCCUGUUGUGUUUUGCAAUAAAACAAAGUGAAACCUCCUGUGUUGGUAAGUUGGGUUGGUAAUGGAUAUGACAAUGUGAACUCUACUUCAAAUCAUGUACCUUUUUUGUUUGUUUUUGUUUUACCAUUAUGGCAGUGUCUCUCCGACUGUACACAGCUCUUGGUAACUUUACUACGGUGUUUUUAGAUGUGCGUUCGUCUCACUGCUUUUUUCACCGGGGUCCAGUUUCGGUGUUCCCCAAGGUUCUGUUCUAGGACCACUAUUGAAUAGAAAAAAUGUCCCCGUCUUUACUCUUGGUGAUAUUAGUCCUGUUUUUCUACCUCCGUCUACUGCUCUGUAGUACUAGGCAGAUGUUUGUUACACCGUAAUGUAGUAUUAGUGGCUUAGCGUUAUGAUACAUCUGACUCAUGCAUUACCUGCAGUGUUCGGGUUGUUGCGGCAUCUCUGUCAAACAGCUGAACGUAUAAUCUUGCCUGGUGUGCUGACUGACUGACGUGGUGUCGUCUCAAAUGGUACCCUAUUCCC